AUCAACAUUUAAUACUGUACUGAAAGUGAAGCAUCGAUACCUUUGCUAUUUCUUUUAUUAAUUUAACUAUGAGUUAAGUUUUAAUUAAAAUGGAGUUAUUAAAGAGUAUUAAUAACAAAGAAAUUUUUAUGGAGGUUCUCCAUCUCUCCAUUGAGUUCUUAAUUGGAAACAUCAACGAGCAACAGGCUCUACGCUUUUCCCAUAAAUAUGGAUUUCAAAAUCCUGACGACUUCUUACUGGCUACACGAACGAUCUCAAAAUACUACCAACAAUGUUGUACAGAUGGUGGCGAAACUGACAUUUCUGAUAAGUUGCCACACUUAAGUCCCGAAUUAGGACCGCUUGUACCAUUGGUGCUCGCUGCAAGAUUGGAUGCAGUCGAACAUGCUCUUAGGAGAAGUGAGUACCUGAAGAAGGAUAUCAAGAGCGUUGUGUCUUUUUCCUGGGAUACACGUUUAAUAUUGGGAGACAGCAGUUUCAGAAGCAAUAUUCGACAAAUGUCUACCAUAAAUUUACAUUGCCAGUCACAUUCAAAACAAGAAAAUAUAUAUUUUGAAAUGGAUUUAAGGAAGCUUUGCGCUAUGAUUGAGGUCUUGGAGAAGUCACUUAAAAGGGAUAAAGCACUUAAAUAAUGAUAAAACUGUUUAUGCAUUUGUAAAUAUAAGCCGCAAAUUGAUAUAUUUAUGUUAAAUAUAGAUAACUCCUAAUUUUAAAGUCACGAAAGUCUUUGCUUUCACUAUCACUUCGAAUUUUAUCUUAUCCUUAUCCUCCAAGUGGUCGACUUUUACUUUUAAGACCUAUUUUAUAUCUAAGUACUAUAACUAGAACAUCUCUCAUUGUCUAAGGAUUAUUAUUAUUAGUUAUUUAGUAUUAUGCAGAUAUUUUUUUAACGGUACAUUCGCACAUUGUGCGAAUUGUAAGAUUCUUAAUUAAAUAUAAUAAAUAAAUAAAAACUCACAUUAAUGAUAA